AUGAAUGAGGACAACCAUGUGUUCAGUUGGGGACACAAUAAGUGGGGACAGUGUGGUAGAGAUGUGCCGCCGGAUGGGGUGUACUUAAAACCCGAAAGAAUAUUACAUUUGAAUGACAAGAAUAUCGCACAAAUAUGUUGUGGUUAUCGACACUCCCUGGCCCUCAACACCAGUGGACAGGUGUACGGGUGGGGAGUUAAUAAUUUGGGACAGAUAGGCUGCGUGACAAAAUCACCGAAAUUAGAAAAUAAUUUAUUUGAAAAUCUUUUCAUCGAGUUGUCGGCCAUCGGUUCCGGAGGUUUUGGAACUGUAUUUAAAGUGAGGCACAGAAUUGAUGAACACAUAUAUGCAGUCAAAAGAGUCGAGAUUAAAGACGCUUCUGAAAAACACUUACAACGAGUUUAUAAUGAAGUGAAAAAUUUAGGAAAAGUUCGCUCGAAAUAUGUGGUCGAGUAUUACAACUCAUGGACUGAAGAGAGUGUACUAUACAUUCAAAUGGAGUUAUGUUCACAAAAUCUGCGGAAUAUUGUUGAAGUGAAACCAAAAGUAUUUGGUCGACAAUCAGGAGAAGUCAUGGAUUGUGUCGAGUAUUUCAUUUCGUGUGAAAUAUUGCGACAAAUCUUAGAAAGUGUUCAGUAUUUGCAUGAAUUGAAUCCACUGAUCAUUCACAGAGACCUCAAACCAGAAAACAUAUUAAUUGCUGAGAAUGUAAGGAACCGUAGAUUUGUUAAGUUAUGUGACUUUGGUUUGGCUGUUGAGCACCGGACGACAUCCCAGAGUCACACAACAAAUGUGGGAACAAUUAGAUAUAUGGCACCAGAAUUAGAUCAAUCAAAAUAUACCACUUGGACUACAAGUGAGAAAUCAUUGCAUAACGAGUCGUACGCCUCAACCGGAAGUAUAAGUGUAUAUAUGAGUUUUGUGAAACCAGAGACGUUAGUUAUCAAACAACUCUAA